GGCAGUUUUUUUGGUUAUCUGUUUUUUUUUUUUUGGGUUCUUUUGGGAACAUCUCGACGUUAUCUUGUUUCUCUUGAAGCUCAAACUAGACUAACCAACCACACAACGAACACCAAAAAAUCCAGCGACGAUGCUGAGCCUCUCCGUAGCUCCGCCGUCGACCGCCACCUUCCGUCGUAACCCGACCCCCUUCACAAGCCGCAAUUCAACCUUCAAUGGCAUUCGAAUCGCGCAAGCGUUCCCCACGCGCUCCACUCCUUGCUCGCGCUCUAUCCGAAACCCUAGGCCACUCUCAGUAGUGAUGAUGGCGAAGAGAGAAGAGGAGCUGAAAGAGAUUAGAGCGAAGACUACGGAAGAAAUCAACGAAGAGAUUAUUGACCUUAAGGGAGAACUGUUCAUGCUCCGUUUAAAUAGGUCGGCUCGCAAUGAGUUCAAGUCCAGCGAGUUUCGCCGUAUGCGCAAAAGGGUUGCCCGCAUGCUCACGGUUAGGAGGGAGAGAGAGCUUGUUGAAGGAAUCAACAAAAGGAUUUCAAGAAAGCUCGAUCGCCAAUGGAAGAAAAGCAUUGUUGUUAGACCACCCCCAUCCCUAAAGAAGUUACAAGAGGAAGAGGCUGCAGAAAGGGCCGCAGAAGCCGAGAAAUCCGCAUGACCCGAAAUUAAUACCCUUUUCGAGCGGAAGUAUGAGGUUUUUCUCUGUUUCUUCGUGAUUGUAAGAUUGAGCUAUUCAAUUUGUGACUUGACUUCUGUAUCAGAGCAUGUAGUUAAAUGUAUUUAUCAAUGUUGGUCUGUUUUCUUUUC